AUGAAUCACACAACCACUGCCUUUUACACUCUUGCCAUUCACCGCGCUCACUUGAAACGAGUCGUAGAAGAAAAUGGUGCAACUUAUCUAAAACUCGAGUGCAAGGGCCACGGCGAGUGCCCAUCUCAAGAAAUUGUAAAUACUUUCGUCGGCAUUGUCGAAAAAUUCAUUCAAAAUAAUCCCCUUGACAUUAUUGGUAUCCACUGUACUCAUGGCUUCAACAGAACUGGAUUUCUUAUCGUCUCCUAUCUUGUGGAAAAGCUUGACUGGGCUGUUGACGCGGCGAUCGGUCAUUUCUCGAACUGCCGUGCCCCUGGAAUUUAUAAACAAGAUUAUCUAAACGAGCUAUUCGAGCGUUACGACGAUCCAGACUGUGCCCUUGAAGCUCCUACUCUCCCUGCUUGGUGCUUUGAAGAUGCUGCUCAAGAGGAUCAAGACGAAGGAGUCGACCCAGGAUUGGCAUUGCAAGCAGGAAGCGGAGAAGGCGUCAAAGGCGACGGAAAAAAGCCGUUUAUCGCUGAUUUCGACAUUACAGAAGGUGUCACGCUUGUAAAAGCCCCUCACGUCACGAACCAAGUCACGCGCAAAGCGAUAGAAUGGAUCGGCUUCAAAAGCAACAAGUUCCCGGGCGCGCAGCCAGUCUCAAUGACGCGUGAGAAUAUUCGCUUCUUGCGCGACAAGGAUUACAUGGUAUCGUGGAAGGCCGAUGGUACGCGAUAUCUGAUGCUGAUCCUUGGCAAAGAGCAAGUUUUUUGCAUCGAUCGUGACAACGCAGUUUUUCAAAUAAGUGGACUUACAUUUCCGAAGCGCAAAGAUUUGAACGGUCAUGUGAGUAACGUGCUUAUGGAUGGAGAAAUGGUACUAGAUGACGUUAAUGGCGAAAAGAUACCGAGGUUUUUAAUCUACGAUAUGAUCCGAUUCGGAGAUAUUCCAUCCCCAACAAAUCCAAUUGGACAGUGCGAAUUCCGAUCGAGAAGUCUUUGCAUCCAAGCGGAAAUUAUCGAGCCACGAAAUCGAGCAAUGAUGAAAGGAAUCAUUAACAAGACCCGCGAGCCAUUCUCCAUCCGACACAAACCAUUCUUUGACAUUGAGAAGUCGGCACAUUUGCUCGAAGAAGACGGGGAAUUUCUCUCAAAAGUAGCGCAUGAAACCGACGGGUUGAUAUUCCAGCCAGCCUCGAAAACUGAUGUCUACAAACCCGGUCGUUGUGAUGAUAUCUUGAAGUGGAAGCCGCCAGAGCUUAAUUCGAUCGAUUUCAAGUUGAAGCUUCAAAAAGGAAAGCAACAGAUGGGGAUGCUUCCUCAAACUUUAGCCCUCUUAUACGUCGGCGGUAAGGAUACACCGUACGAUAAGAUGAAGUUCCAUCGCGACCUCCGUCAAUACGACAACAAAAUCAUCGAGUGCAAAUUUGAUUUCAAAGAGCGAUCAUGGGCAUUCAUGCGGGAGCGCAAGGACAAAAGUUUUCCUAAUCAUGUCACAACAGCUGAUGCAGUUUGUCAUUCGAUCCAGUACCCAGUUACAAAGAUGGAUCUCUUACAGGCACUGGUGAAAGUUAUUUGA